GUGCCAGACCUGAAACGAGACAGAGCCGCGUCUGUCGACUCCUGCUUCUCCAAAGUGUCCGAGAAAAAGACUGAAGAACUGCAACAUUCCGGGGUGAGUCUUGAAGUGCCCGUGGGGCCCAACGUGGCCCUCAGGUCGAGGUCGGUGGACAUCGUGUUACCCACCGAUGAGCAGGCCCGCUAUAAGGCACUGGCUAUGGCAGCGCCGAGUUCAGCACAAGGACAGUAUAGGUUCUGCAAAUAUUUUUUUUUAUUUCAGCCCUUUCAAAAAUGGUUGAUGAUUAUCUCUCUGUAA